CGGAAGCUGCUGUGCUUUAGGCGUAGUCUGUGCUUUUAGUCGCUUUUGCAUUUUUCCUUUUCUCGCUCGAUUUUGAGACCUCAGCGUCGUUGCAACAUGUCCAAAAUAUUGGGAAAAUGGGCCAAUUUCGGACGAGAGAUUCGCACUGCUAUCGUGUUUGGAAGUAAAGGUGAAAAUGUAAUUUUUGUGGAUGGAAAAUAUCAGGUGUGUGCCUUUGGAAAGAAUGAAGACGGGUGUCUAGGAACGGGCGAUGACGAUGAAUUGAAAGUGCCCGUACGCAUUGAGGAAUUGUGUGACGAAGAAAUAGAAGGUUUUGAAUGCGGUAUUUCAGGCGAUAAAUGCAGCAUUUUUGCUAUUUCGAGUUCUGGCGCCGUGUUCUCUUGGGGCAACAAUGAAGAUGGACAGCUUGGAUUAGGAACGACUGAAUACACCAAAAUUCCCACCAAAAUAAUGGGGAAAUUGGCUCAAAAAAUGGUUGUCCAAGUUGCAUGCGGUGGUAACCAUACCCUGGUUUUGACGUCAGAAGGACAGGUGUACGCUUUUGGUCAAAAUGUUGACGAACAGUUAGGUUUAGGAUCCAGAACCGGAAGAGCCAAUGAAUCGGUUCCGAGGCUGGUUGGCGGAUUCCCUGAUGGGGAAAUCGUAACUUGGAUUGCAUGCCACGCUGCAUCUUCCUUUGCGCUUCUUCAUUCAGGAGGGCUUUGCGGUUGGGGAUCGUGCUGGAAUAGCAGGUCGGGCUUGGGCCCAUCGAUGAACAACCAAGCGAGUCCCGUAAAGCUGACUACAUUAGAUAACGUCGUGAUUACCCGUAUCGUUUCUGGAGCCUAUUUCACUCUCGCCUUAACCGACAAAGGAAAAGUCUAUGCGUGGGGAGACAACGACAAAGGCCAGUCUGGAAAUGGAACUACUAGUUGGAACAGUUUUCCAGAAGUGAUUUCAAUGGCUGAGAGAGUGAAAGACAUUGCUGCUACUUGCUACCCGAACCACCCUUGUGCAGCAAUCACUGACAAUAACCAGGUUUACAUUUGGGGAAACUGCAAUGGACAAAAAGUUUUGAAACCAAUCCUCACCUCCUUCUCGUCCCUGGAGGAAGUUUUCGCUGUUGCCUCUCCUCAAGUGUCCUACCAUCGCUUUCAACUGAAAAAUAAGAAGGAAGUCUCGAGCAAGAGCAAGAACUCAAUGUAUGAGCGCUUUCGAAAUGCGUUUGAUAACACUGAAACUGCUGAUUUUUCCUUCAUUGUCGAGGGAAAGAAAAUUCACGUGCACAAGAUGCUGCUGGCAAUCAGCAGCGACGUCUUCAAGAGAAUGUUCCUCGGUGAUUUUGAGGACAGUACCGCAAAGGAGAAAAUCAUCGAUCAUAUCAGCUACAACAGUUUCUACGCAUUCCUCAAAUAUUUGUACACAGAUGAGGUAGAUUUCACGUCUGAACUGGCUCUCGAAGUUUACGCUGUAGCCCACCUCUAUCAGGUGACUAGUUUGAUGGAGGAGUGCGAAAAGAUCAUGAAAUCUACUAUCUCUGUGCAAAAUGCUGCUGCCAUUUACGAUAAGGCAAUUUUAUUUGAAGCUGAGGAUCUCUGUGGGUUCUGUUUCAACUACUGCAUGGAGCAUUUGGUUGAGGUUGUGAACAGUAUUGAUUUGGACGGGUGCAAGGAGGAAGUCAUCCUGGGUGUUUACCGUCGUGCGGCUGGCCAACAGAAUAAUGUAGAAUAGAAUGGUUAAUUGAUUGCCUAUUGCUUAAAGAUGACAAUAAGCAAAUUUAUUUUACAAAGCGAACUAAUCAAAAUUAGACUGUAAUACUUUAAGAUUUUACUAAAUAUAGAAAAAUGUAUUAUUAAAUAA